AUGGCGGCUCCGGCCCGCUGGGUGCUGUGCUUGUGCCUGGGCUGCCUAUGCCUGACUCCGGGGGACGUGCUGCGGGCACGCUGGGCCGGGCUGCGGCGGAGGGCUGCUUGGGGCGGCCGGGAGAGAGCAGGUGACCACGGGCUGCAGCCGGGGGACAAGGUGUCGGAGCAUAUGCUGCGCCUUUACGCGCAGUACAGCGCGGGUCCUGCGGAGCCGCCCCGAGAGCCGCCCGCCCCGCACCUCCGGCGCGGGAACACCGUGCGAGGGUUCCGCCCGAGGGCUGCAGGGAGCCCUGGAAGUCAGGAGCUGUAUGUUUUUAACUUGACUUCGCUCACCAAGUCAGAAAAUAUCUUGUCAGCUUCAUUGCAUUAUUAUAUCAGUGAUCUGCUGGACUCUGACUGGAAUUGUUCCCGGUCCAGAGGCUGUUCUCAUCGUGGGCACAGGAAACCUGAAAUUCAAAUACAUCUUUCGGUGUGGACCUUUCCAUCUGUUGGGAACCAGAGUCAGAGUCUGGGCCAUUUCUUAAUAAACAUCUCCAGUUCUUACGGUGAUGUCCUUUCCUGGCAGUGGAAAGAUAUCACUCAGGUCCUACACAAAGCAAAACAGAGCAAUGAACUUCUGAUUGGCGUCAAAAUGGAUUCAACCAGCCAUCCCCUGUGGAAAAGGGCACUAUUUCACUAUGAGCCCUACAUUCUGGUAUAUGCCAAUGACUCUGCCAUUUCAGAGCCAGAGAGUGUUGUUUCUAGCUUGCAAGGGCACCACAACCCUUUGGCAAGGGUCUUCCCUAGGCCAGAAAACCACAUGAGGAGCAGCCUUGGAAAACGGCGGCGAAAACGCUCCACCAACGUCCUGUUGCCAUUGCAGAACAAUGAGCUUCCCGGAGCCGAGUACCAGUACAAUGAGGACGAGAGGUGGGAAGACAGAAAACCGUACAAAACUUUCCAGCCUCGUCUGGCAGAGAGAGCAAAGAGUAAGAAAAAGCAGAGAAAGAACCACCACCAGAAGAGCCAGACUCUCCAGUUUGAUGAGCAGACCUUGAAGAAGGCGAGGAGGAAGCAGUGGAACGAGCCCCGGUAUUGUGCCCGACGCUAUCUCAAAGUGGAUUUUGCUGACAUUGGCUGGAGUGAGUGGAUUAUUUCCCCAAAAUCCUUUGAUGCCUAUUACUGCUCAGGGGAAUGUCAGUUCCCAAUUCCAAAGGCCUUGAAGCCAUCCAACCACGCCACCAUCCAGAGCAUAGUGAGAGCUGUCGGUGUUGUCCCUGGAAUUCCUGAGCCGUGCUGCGUUCCUGACAAAAUGUCCUCUCUCAGCAUCUUAUUCUUUGAUGAAAAUAAGAAUGUGGUUCUCAAGGUGUAUCCCAACAUGACAGUAGAAUCCUGCGCGUGCAGAUAACAUCUCAGAAGACCCUUUAGAAGCACUAAGGUGAUCACUCACUGUUCAUUGGUGUUCUUUUCAUGAUUUCUACUUUUUGUUUGCACUGC